AAGUCUCCGUGUUGCCUAGCCUCCCUCCUUUUUGGUUACUUACCUAACUGCGGAAUAGCAUCGGUUCUGCCCAAAUAUCCAGGUUUAAUAAGAGCAUUUAGCGAUAUAUUUUUGAAACGAUGACACAGUGGAUGUGUACCGUUAGAGCAAGCUUCAUGACCACUUUCGUCUUCAUCUAGCGGCAGGUUCCCAAUACAAUUAUGGAGUUUUGAGAAGGGUUUUGUGUGUUUUGGGGGGGAAAGGGGGCCUUUCCCCUCAAUUUGGAUGGACUAUUUGAAGGGACUUUCUGGAGGGUUAAAGACCUUGUUGCCUUUUGUAAAAUAUUGUAUUAACAAAAGUUGUAAAAGGAGAAAAUAUUUUUUGAAAUAUUUAUAGUAUAUUUGUAUUUUCUUUGGUAUAAAAGUAUAUACUUUAUUUUAUUUUAUAUACAUUUAUUUAUUGAAUUCCUGAUGCCAUUGUAUGUUUCAAACACAUUUGGUUGUGUUGAGCUUUGGGUCGACAUGGUGGACUGAGAUGACCUAAAACAAGGCCCUGGGGUUGCUAGGGUGCGGUGGAACCUCAACACAAGCACAAUUCUAGCACCCCAAAACAAUCUCCCACCUGUUCUUUUUCUAUUUUCUUCCGAGAGCAGCUACUUACAAAAUAAUAUAAUUUCAAAGUCACACUGACUUGACCUAAAGCAUUAUUUUAGCGUUUGUUGUUGUACUGAAGGGUUGGUUUAACCAGUGUUUGUUUUAGAGUUGGGGGAGCUGGGUCUCCGUGACCGGGUAAGAUUGCUGAAUUAGAGCGGGGGGUUUACUGCAAGGUUUAGUGGUCACUCAGGAUGAGUGUGAAGAUGGCAUCCCCAGACUGCACGCCAAAAUGCCGCUCCAUGCGGCAUGCAGAUGAGGUGGUGGCGGCGCUGACGCGGGGUUCAGAGGGGAGCCUGCGGGCCUUCCUCACCACCCACUGCCACAAUGCAGCCACACUGAGGGACGCCUUCGGUCGCACGGCUCUGCACCUGGCCGCUUCGCUGGGCAAGAGGGCUCUGCUGGAAUGGCUGCUGGAGAGCAAGAGAGCUGACCUCAUGGUGAAGGACAAGGAGUCUGGCUGGACCGCCCUGCACCGCAGCGUCUUCUACGGACACAUCCACUGCCUCAUGUCACUGGUUAAGCAUGGCGGCAUUCUCUCCACCCAGGAUAAGGAGGGCCUCUCUGUCUUGGACAUAACCAUGAAGGACAGACCAGCACACGUGGUGUUUACAAAGACGGACCCCACUGAGGUUUAUACUUGGGGGAACAACACCAAUUUCAGUCUGGGGCACGGGAACCAGGAGAGCAGGCAUCACCCGGAGAUUGUGGAUCUGUUCGCCCGGACCGGGGUUUACGUCAAACAGGUGGUGCUGUGUAAGUUCCACUCAGUGUUCCUGUCUCAGAAGGGGCAGGUGUAUACUUGUGGACACGGGCAGGGAGGUCGGCUGGGACACGGGGACGAACAGACAUAUCUGGUUCCUCGGAUGGUGGAGGGGCUCCUGUCCCAUCACUGCUCCCAGGUGGCUGCAGCCAAGGACCACACGGUGGUGCUGACCGAGGAGGGCUACGUCUACACCUUUGGCCUCAACACCUUCCACCAGCUGGGCCUGGCUCCCCCGCCCGCCUCCAGCCACCUGCCCAAACAGGUAUUCUCCAAGACCCUUAAAGGCAGGACUGUGAUUGGUGUAGCAGCGGGGAGAUUCCACACAGUGCUGUGGACCAGGGAGGCUGUCUACACAGUUGGACUGAACGGAGGGCAGCUGGGCUACCUGUUGGACCCCAACGGGGAGAGGUGUGUGACUGCGCCUCGCCAGGUGUCCGCCCUCUACCACAAGGAUGUCACCAUCACCAUGGCAGUGGCCAGUAAUGGGGCAACGUUGGUGGUGACAGAGAAGGGAGAUAUCUACCUGCUGGCUGACUAUCAGUGCAAGAAGUUGGCAUCCAGGCAACUGAACAUCAGGAAGGUCCUUGUGAGCGGAGGCAGCCUGGACCAUCGUGUGGACCCCCAGGUCCUGAACGAGGGAGGGGGAGAGAAGGUGGCCAUCCUGGCCCUGGAUGAAGCUGGGAGGGUGUUCUGCUGGCGUUCAGUAGGCGGUUCAGUGAGACAAUGCAGGUGGGCGUACGGGCGCCAGGUGUUCAUGUCGGACAUCGCCCUGAGCAGGAACAACAUGAUGUUUGUCACACAGGAAGGGGAGGGCUUCAGCGGACAGUGGCACGGAGAGUACAGGAAGAGCGUGGAGAAGAAAGAUGGUAGUGUGGAGGUGUGUGGUCUCCCUGAGGGUGGAACUGUGUACGAGCGAAUCCGCUUGGAGAAGCUCCCCUACGUCCACCGUGCGGUCAGCAUCACCAUGGACUCCAAGGGACGCAACUUUGGAGUGCUGCAGUCGGACCCCAAAACCAGCCUGUAUGAGAUUCCCAGCGUAUCUCGCUCCUCCUUCUCCCAACACUUCCGGAACCUGCUGGAGGAAGCGGACGAGACGGAUAGCAUUCAUGACGUGACCCUGCAGGCCGGAGACCGCACCUUCCCCGCCCACAAGUACCUCCUGUCCAUGAGGUCCGAGUUCUUCAGGAAGCAGCUGGUGCCAGACUGGGAGGAGGGAGACGGGGAGGUGAGGAGGAGCGAGGACGCGGUGGGUUGUGACCUGCUGGUGCUGGAGAAGGUGAGCCCUGAGAUGCUGGAGCACGCCCUGAAGUUCAUCUACACCGAUUUCUGUGAGCUGCUGGUGCAGGACCACCGGCCACGAGUCUUCGGCCAGAAACAGAAUCAACAUGGCCCAGACCCGGAGCAGGACCAGCUGAUCAGCAGCCUGCAGGACCUGGGCUUCCAUGAGGGCAACCUGAGGGGCUGCUCGGCCCUGGAGGUAUACUGCUCGCUGACCCCCUCUGCCCGAGGGGACGGAGACAAGCCCAAAAGCAAGGGCACCAAGCCUGGGAAAAAAGGCAAGGGUGGCAAGGCCGGAGCUGGAGAGGGAGGAAGAGUCAACCCGGUCAAGACCUUACAGGGUGUGGCCAAGAAGCUGGGCAUGGGCAGUCUGUCGGCACGUUUGGAUGGAGUGAAGUAUGAAAACGGGAAGAUCAAUGUAGUGCAUAAGAAGAUGGGCAACAAGCCACGAUUCAACCAGAAAAAGUGCUCCUACCUCUGUGAUGUCACUCUGAGGUCUGAGGAUGGCAAGGAGUUCCCCUGUCACAAGUGUGUACUGUGUGCCAGACUCGAGUACUUCCACAGUAUGCUGGGGAACCCCUGGAUAGAGGCCACUUCUUGUAGUGCACUGGAGAUGCCCACCAGCUCAGAGAUACUGCAGGUCAUCCUAGAAUAUGUCUACACUGACGAGUGUCCCACUAUCAAAGAGACUCUGAAUGUAGAGUUUGUCUGCAACGUGUUGGUGGUGGCCGAUCAGCUUCUCAUCACCCGACUGAAGGAGAUGUGUGAAGUGGCCAUUACUGAGAACCUGACUCUGAAGAACGCUGCAGAGCUGCUGCAGUUUUCUGCCAUGUACAACGCUGAGCAGCUCAAACUGUCCUGCAUCCAGUUCAUCGUGCUCAACAUGGCUGCCCUGCUCGAGUCCAAAGCGCUGGAUAUCCUGAGUGAUGACGUGCUGGUGGAGCUCUCUGCCUCCUACAGGAGGAUGAUUCCGGCCAUGCAGAAGCGACUGAUCACGCCUUACCCAGACGGCCCGGACCUCAGUGUGUACGAGGACGAGGACUGGGACUCUUCAUUCAGCUCUAAAGCUGACACUGAACUGGACUACUCCUGCAGGGAGACUCUGUUGAAGAAGGCUAAGUUGAAGGCCAAGAGAAAGCCUAGGCGACGCUCCGACAGCUCAGGGGGUUACACCCUUUCUGACAUCAUCCAGAGCCCACCCGCUGCAGUCUCAGUCCUCUCUCCCAGCCUGGUGAAGUCAGGAAAGACCAACUCCAUGGAGUCUCUGCAGGAGCUGAUGACAUCUGACUCUGAGGGCAGUUACAUGGGUGUGGGCAGCCCCCGAGACCUCCAGUCCCCCGUGUUCCACGACAGGCCCGAGGAGGAGAGGGCUGGAGGAGGUCCCAGGCUGAAGACUCCCCCCAGCCCCCCCACCACCACCAUGAGGAACAGCCUCCCCGCCGGACCCCCAAAGAGUUCUGCUCCAGAGCCCAUCCCCAAAGUCACAGCCAGUCCUGCUCUGCCACUUCCUGUCUUGGCCCUCAGGGCCAUCAUGGAUAUGGAGGCCAGCUCGAAGACACAAAGUCUCGGAGCCACUCCCAAAAGUCCUGGCAGUGUUGGCAGCAGCAGCAAGCAGUCCCCUCUCCCAGCCAAGCUCUCCCAGAAGCAGAGGAAGAUGAUCGCCAUGGCAACCAAGGAGGGCAGUGCAGAGUGUGCCCUGUCCAAAUCGGCACCAGUCAUUACUCCCCUGAAGAGCGCGAAAGCAUGGGCCACUCCAGUCCAGACACCCCCUUCGUCUCAGGCGUUCCGGGACCUCUUGGUGGAGGAGGAGAGCCGGGUCAGGAAUGGGGGGCCAGGGGCCCCGGGAAGGCUAGUAGCUCAAGGGCCUCCAGUCUCUGCUGUCAGGAGGGUCACCUUCAAAUGUACUGCUGAGCCCCCCAGCGAGCCAGAGAGACCCGCCGGCCCCUGGGUGCUGGGAGCAGCGGGCAGCCCCCCUAUGGCCUCCAUGGUAACCUUUGCUUCCAUCGUGGAGGAGGAGAAACAGCAGGAGGCUGCACUGAUCCGCAGCCGAGAGAAACCGCUGGCACUCAUUCAGAUUGAGGAGGCAGCGAUCCAAGAGCUUUUGCAUCACUACGGUGCCCUUAACAACCCUGACGAGAUGAUUGUGGUGGAGCGGUCUGUCCAGGGGCCCAUCGCCACCCCCUUCUGGAACAAACACUGAGACAACAUACCCACAAUGUUAUCAGACGUCACACCCGCAACGUCGUGAGACGUCACACCCGCAACGUCGUGAGAAGUCACACCCGCAACGUCGUGAGACGACAUAUCCACAGGUUAUCAGCCAACAUACCCACAACGUUGGGACGACAUGCCCACAAUGUUAUCAAACAACACACCCACAAUGUUGUGAGAGCACAUACUCAUAUCCUUAUCCACCCCAUGACCAUAUGUAUCUCCUGUCAGUCAGUGUUAAGAUAUACCUCAGGCCCAGUUGUGCCAGUGGGCUGGGUCUGACGCAGGUCUUUUAUGCUUAACUCCAGUGUUUCUUAGUUUUUGUCACUGCUCCUCUUUUCUCGUAUUAACCUUUUGAGUGUGUCCCUGAGGAAGGAAAAGUGGGUGAGAAAAGAUUGAGGUUUAUAAGUAAUGACUCUCAUGUUAUGCACAAUUUUUGCACCUUGCCAUCAAAACAUGAGUAAUGAUAUUCUUCCAAAAAGUUUCAGCUGUUUAAAAUAUGUUCACAGUUAAGUAGUUGCCAAAGACAAAGUAUAUAAGGAAAUGGAGCAGUCCAAACUACAAAUUGGGUCCAAAACUACAUUACCCAGCAGGAUUGGUCUGUUUCACACUUUUUCGGUGCAUAAUCUUAGUUGCAAUUAGGAAAGGUAGUGUAGUAUGAGUUCCUCUGAGAAGAACUAGGCCAAAAAGAAAGCCUGGGCCUGGAGUUCAGAGGCUAGCCUGAUAUGGUUGCUCCCUAGUUCUACUUUGAGUUGUGAAUUUAGUUGUGUUCUGGAUAUAUUGUAUGAUGCAGGGUAGUUGAGUCAUGAAAGGAGGUGGGUAGGGAGUGACGGUGUCAUGCAUCCUGCCGUUUUCUAAUAUGAGCUAAUUGUAUAAGAGUAUUCGCUGGUUUCCCUUUAUCAGAGUUUAUAGGGCAAGCUGUCGAGAGGGUUUGUGCCUUGCUUCCACCCUGAUGAUCCUCUGAUGUACAGACAAACACACACUAAUAAUUUCACUACCUUCUGGCUGGCUGUAUUUGAGUUGUUUUACUUUAUUUUGUGUUCUGGAGCUGAUGUGGUGGCUUGGUACCCCAGACCUGGACCAUGUAAACCCAGUCUUCCUCCAUGCAGCACCCUUCGUUUGAGACUUUGGAUGUGAGAAAAUGGCAUGCAAUAAAGAACUCACCUGUGCAACGA